CUGGCACUGGCACUGGUCUGCAUCAUGCUGUGUCAUUGGGCAACAUUGAGGUCUCCGCCAAGGCCACCUACUCCAGCCACAUGGACCGCAGCUACGACUCCGAAGACGAGCACACUGGACGCCGCAGACUACGCCACACUCUCUCCACCGAGCUACAACCUCGCACUUCUGUCUACUCCCGGGGAGAUAUUAGGGAACAGUACUGCCUCACAGAUCGGCAGCUGCACAGCAUAGAGCAGCGUCCCAGGAGGGAGCGAUUUUUUGGCUGCCUUUCGCGACGGGGUCAAACCCAAUCGGGCAGCUUCCUGGGCGGCUGUGUGGGUCGCCGGGUGCCCUCCGAUGAAAAUCUGGCCGCCUAUGCCCCCUUUGAGAAGUAUCCACGCUAUCAGAACAACUAUACGGACACACACGAAUUGGAAAGUUCCUAUUUUCGCCGUCAGCCGGCAUCGAUUUUGAGCACUGGUAAAUCGGUGGAAGCGGACCUGGGGGGUCGCUACACCUGGAUUGGUCAGCAGACGAACAACAACUCCGAUUACUCAACGGACCACAGGGCAACUUGUUGUACAGCACCACUUGAAUCCUUUUACCAGGAUGUUUUGCUACGGAAUUAUUAUGUCGAGCUUCGCGCUCCACCAAAUCCUACACCACCAACAUCACACACCAAUCAAAUCGCUAAUCUAAAUGUUUGCUCGUAUCACUGCCCCACAUACGCCACGAUGCCAACCACACACCACCAGCACCACCACCACCAACAGCACCCGCAGCAGCAGUCGCAGCAGGGAGGGAAUGUCAGGACGAAACACGUGAGCUUCGCCAGGUCGCACACCCUCACCAGCUUCGACAAUGUCAAUGCCGGCUUUCGAUCCUCGGGGCGCUUGAAGACAGCCCGCAGCCAGGAGCGUUUAAUUGGUGGCAAGAAACCCAUUAUAGCCACAGGCUCCAUGUACGAGACCCUGCAGCCACCGCUCCUCCAGGGCCAGCAGCAGCAGCACCAGGUGCAGGUGCCACAACAGAGCUCGACGCUGCCCAAGACCUGGUUGCCACCGCCAGUACAGCUCCAGUCCUGCCAGCAUCAUCAUGCUCCGAUUCAUCUGCAUCAGCCCAUGCCAGACAACAUGGUUGGGCUGAUCAUCCCGCAGCCUUUGCCCCUGGCUCUCCCACUGCCCAGUCCCGAAGUGCUCAUUGUGGAGAAAAAGUUCCGCAAUGCCAUGAAGACCCAGGCCACACAAACGGAUGCCGCUGCUCGUCGUAAUCAGGGCCAAGUUGGCUAUAAUACCCAAGUCUUGGCCCUAAGUCCCCGGCCGCCGCAUCGCAUCAAGGUCGUGUCCCAGGGCGCCCAGACGAAUGGCCUUCAGAAUGGCAAGAAGCUAACGAAAAGUCUCUCGGAGAUACCCAAUGGCAAGGAGGUGCAAUCACAUUACUAUCAACAGGGGUCGAUUUACCCCCACGAGAUGAUCUACCGCACUCAGUCGCAGGAUGUGACCCCGCUGCAAACCCUCUCGGAUGCCCAGAACAACAUCAUGUACUACAAGCCACCGCCACCUCUGCUGGAUGCUCACAGCUAUGGCCUGGGCAUGGAGCACCUGAGUCGCGGAGCUCGACCCCCGGCCUCCGAGCAGAGCGUGGAGUAUGUGAAUGUGAAUGCCGCCGCCGUGGCUCUGAACGAGAGCUUCGACUACGAGAGCAACAGUUUGCCCCGAAGAGCCUGCACCUCGCAUGUCCGGACGGAGACGGACUACUAUUCGAAUAGCUUGCCCAGGAGACCGGAGAGUCUGCAUAGCCACGACGUGUGUAAGCAUAUCACCGAGUGCUCCGAACUCAUCACGGAUAGCGUUCCCCUGGACUUUACCCAGUCGCACCUGCUGCCGCCACCGAGUGAGUACUGCAGGAAUGAUGACAACGAGGAGGAGUACUACGACGACGAGGACGAGGAGGAUCAUCCCCAUGAGACGGAGAGCUACAGCUCGGAGGUGUGCCUGGAGCAGGCGGCGGCCGCUCAGAACCGCCGGAUGUCCAUGAUACCGCAAAUGAUUGAUUCUCCCUUCCGGCGCGAUGACAUCCGACGUCAGUCUAUGCCGGUGUAUGGACAAACGGAGAAGCUCAUCGAUGGCUUUGGACCCAGGACAUCGUUCCGAAGGCGUGACAAGGUCAGCUGCUUUGCGGAUGAGACGCCUCCGCCGCCGGCAUCAGCAUCCUCGGUUCGGGAACAGGAGCAGGAGAUCUUCAUAGACUUCAAGCCGCAUGUCUCCCCCAAGCCGAGUCCCAAGCUGCAGCUGAAGCACCGCAAGCAGCACAAGGCGGAGAUAGCCAUGAGGAAGAUGCAGCAGCAGAGAAUGGCCCAGGCGGCGGCCCUGACCCUGCCGAAGCUCAAGCCACAGCCGCAGCCACUGCCAGUCGAAGUUGAGGUUAGAAAAGUUGAACUUGAGCCCAGCGACGACGAGGAGGACGAGGAGGAGGAAGAGGAGGAGGAGGCCUCCGAGCCUGAACGGGAGGAGCUGGACGAGGAGGAACUGGACGAUAAGCUGGAAAUGGAUCAUCCGGAGGAUGAGGAGCCGCUCUACGAGAACAUAACUCCGUGCAACUGCAAGGUGGAGCCACAGCAUCCAGAUCUCGAGGAUCACCAGGACAAGCGCUCUCAGUUCCGUAAGCGUUCCGUGAGCCUGGACGAUGACGAUACUUCCGGAGCUCCUCCUCCGUCUGCGUCCGGCCUGCGUCUGCCCUCCACGCCGGCCAGCCCCAGCCGGGAGGACCUGCUGCUGGCCAAUGUCUCAACUUAUCCAUCCUCAGACUCACUGGCCAAUGACAAUACCCGCGAUCAUUCCGACGGCAUCUGGAAUGAGUCGCAGGUUACUGUCUUGACGGCCGAGCAGCGCGACAUCUCCGAUGGCUCCUACAGCUCCAAUUUAUUGCUAACGCCAUCCUCGAAAAGGAAGAAUCUGCUACUGCAGCAUCAGCAGAGGAGCUCUGUGGACACCGACGCCUUGGAUUUUGAAGAGCAGAGUCCCACCUAUGGCCUACAAACACUGCCGAAGAUCGUGAGAACGCCCACGCCAACCACUUCGCGGCCCGCCUCCACUCAACCCCUGAUACCGCCGCCAGCUAUAGCCGUCACUCCCUCAUCGAACCAGAACCAGGCUGUCCUGGACACCUCCAUAAGUUCGCCCCUGCCCAAGCGAAGCCUGGUGGCCAGGGGUUCGGUUCCGGAUGCCCGACAGCUAAUGUUUAUGGGAGGAGCUGCCAAGCAAAGACACUCGGAUGCCUCCUUCCUGCCCACCACUGCUGCUGGUGGCGGAACUCGCAGUGCCGAUAUCUCCGAGUGCAGCACAAAUACAGAUGAGUAUGCCACCUGCACGGACACCUCGAAACGUACACCAGGUAUUAAGACACCGCCGACGACGACCAGUUCCUCGUCGACCACACAAGUUCCAGUUUCCACGCAGAGCUCGCAGCUGGAGAAGACGCAUGCCGGUAGUUCCUUCGAGAGUGCCAGUUCCUUGUACUCCAUGCGGGAGGAUCUCCUGCAGCACGAUGAGAAGGAGCGGCAGGCCAAGAACCAACUGAAAUCCCCCAUGGGCGGAUCGGUGGCAGAGUUGACAAGGAAAUCCCCCUCGCACUCGAUCAGUAGCACAACCUCCUCGGGCAGUUGUCCUGUCUCGGGUGCUGCCAUCAAGUCGCCGGGCAAGGAGAGUCAGCCCCAGACGGUGUCCAGCUCCUCGAUGGCGCCUCAAAUGAAGGUCAGCACGGCGGAGAGAUCGCCCGUGGUGAAGCCCAAGCCCGAUUCCAUCUCCGAAGAUGAGCGCAGCGAGGUGCGUUACUCCUCUUCUGGAUAUUACGAGAGUCCCCACGACGAGGAUGACGAGGAGCAGGUGAUGCGGAACAAGGCCCGACGUCUGCGCCACGAGGACGAGCGAAAGCGACGCAAGACCAGCAUGAAGCUGGACAUCGAGAAGGAGAAUAUGAGGGCCUUGACCAGUCCCAUUAAGAAACCAACUGCCGGAGGAGUGGGAAAAGUUCAGUCACCAGAGCAGCCCAGCACCAAUAACCUGGACAAUGGAAGUCCCAGCAGCAGGAUGAAGCGCUUCCGACCCAAGAUACGACGUCAGCUGAGGAAGAGCUCGCGAGAAGAUGUCCUGGCAACGGCAACGACCGCAGGACGCAGAAGUCGGACCAUGCCACCCACAAUUUUUGGCCUGAGCAGCGGCAGCGGAGACACGGAGCUCCUGUUAGAUGCCAGCAUGUCCAGUGGUGCCCUAGCGGGAACCACAUCCCUGUCCACCACCACAACUGCCAUGAUUUCCUCUUCCCUCACACUCAAAGGAACCGUUUCGGAAACCAUAGCCUCUUCAUCCCCGCUACCAGAGGCCACGACCUCGACAGUGGUGAAGAAACCUCACAGCUGUGCCACUCCCACAGCCCUGCUUUCUCCUAAACUGCCUACUGUGAGCAGCACCCAGUCAAAGUCUACCUCGGACACUUUCCAGCUGAAGGCCAAGUCCAUUGAAUCCCUGCGCUCCGUGUCACCCGGCUCCGAUUCGGUGUUCUACAGCGAGGCCGAUGGCAAUGCGGCAAGUGCCGCCGAUCAGAGUCACUGCCUCCACUGCGGCAAGGAAAUGGAGGGUGGCAAGCAGCAGAGCCACCAGAAUACCAUCAGCGAACUGGCCGGUGAUUCCGUGGAAUCGAUACCCUACAUCGAGCAGGACAUUGUCAAGCCGCCGUCGGACUUUGCCGACUCGCCAGUGACCACCAAGACCACGCAGCGUCUGUACAAGAAGAUGGACAAGAGAUUCCGAUCGGAGGAGCGUUACCACGGCGAAAGGGGCAGGCACUACAAGACCAGACAGGAAAAUAUCAGAGCCAAGAGCGAAGAACGCGGACGCGUACCCAGCUUGCCCAAUACUCCUGUCCUGCGUCCUGCCGGCUCUAGUCCCUGUGUCCUUCCUGAUAUCAACACGGAACAGAGCCAGCACAUCAUCUACAAGGGACACUACGACGCUGGCCGAUAUACAAGACUCACUGACGAUGAUUUGUGGACUCAAUUGGAUCAUCAGUGCUUUGAUCGUUCCCGUGAGCGUCGUGCUUCCACGGAAUCGGAGAAGGGCUUCCAUGCCAAAUACCAGGUGAUCCUCCAUCGUCUCGUCCAGCGGCGCUGCACCCUGGAGAUGUACCAUCGCCAGAAGCACAAUAGUUUCCGCGUGGACAAAACCGUGGUGGUCAAGAGUGAUUCCGGUGAGUUUGGCUUUCGCAUUCACGGCUCCAAGCCCGUCGUGGUAGCAGCCAUCGAACCGGAGACACCGGCGGAGAGCUCUGGCCUGGAGGUGGGCGACAUUAUAAUCUCUGUCAAUGGGGUCCAGGUGCUGGACAAGCACCACACCGAGGUGGUUAAGAUCGCUCACGAUGGCUGCGAAAAGCUGGAGCUUCAGGUGGCACGCACCAUUGGCGUUCUGAUGCACGAACAGUUGGAGCCACCGAGUCAGCCGAUCUUCAGUGGAUAUUUGUGGCGACAGAGUGGUCAGGCCAAGGGAGCUCCCAAUUCCAAGAAAUGGGUGCGACGAUGGUUCUCCCUGAGGCCGGAUAAUUGUCUAUACUAUUAUAAAACUGAAGAUGACUCUCAGCCCGUUGGCGCCAUGAUAAUGGCCAAGCACACGGUGGAUCUCUGUCCCGUGGAUGUGGGCAAACCCUUUGCCUUCAAGGUGGAUGCCGGCGAGGGUAUUCCCAUGUAUGUGGCUGCCGAUUCCGAUGAGCUGGCCAAUCGCUGGCUCCAGCUGCUGAGGCAGGCGGCUGCCCAGGACAACCAGUGGCUGGACAAGAGUGCGCGGUGCUUGUACCAGAGUCCCAGCAACAUUCAGAGGCCCGAUUGCUUUGGCUAUUUGCUCAAAUUGGGCUCAAGGUGGUGCGGCUGGUCGAAACGCUACUGCGUACUUAAGGAUGCCUGCCUCUAUUUUUACCAAGAUGCAAAUAGCAAGAGUGCAUUCGGCAUGGCCUGCCUGCACGGCUACAAAGUGGCCUCAAUGUCCGCCAAUGCGUCCGGCAAGAAGAACUCGUUCGAGAUAAUACCACCAGAGACGAAAUUGCGUCACUACUUUUUCUGCACCGAAAGCGAAAUGGAUAAGAAAAGAUGGAUAUCCGCACUGGAGUACUCCAUCGACCGGUGGAUCAAGUCCGGGUAACUAAGGUUAAAGACACGCUCCAGAUCGGCUCUGAGCAGCCGGCUCAAGCGUCGCAGUUUUAGCUACUUUAUGGACUAGACACUUUGAAGGCAUAAAGUUGGGACUUUCUUCGAUUUGGAGACGAUUUAAAGGCGAUUUGAUUCGGCACUAGUACGGGUACUACCAAAAAGAACAACCACACUUAGAAUGUAAGCCAAGCAAACCAAUUAGUUUUAGGCAUACAUAGAUGAUUGAUUGCUUAGUCCAAGGAAUUUAGUGGGUCUUUCAAAUCGGGUUUAAAACUAUUUUGAACAGAGGCGUACAUACACAAAUAUUAUAUACACUCGGAAUAUAUAUCUAUAUACAUACAAUAUAUAGAGGAAUGCAAUUGAACAUUUUUGGUGUGUAUUCUUGUUAUAUAGCUUACAACAACAAAAACAUAUAUAUACAAACUUAUGUUUAGUGAGGUUGUCAUGUCACUUACAUAUAUAGAUUAUAUAUAUAUUUAGCCGCCAAAAGCAGAAAGAAUGAAAGGCGAGGGAAAUGAUCGUGUAGCAGACCAAAAAAUUGAAUUGUCUAAUGUAUAUAGAAUUCGUGUGUAGGCUAAAUCCAAAUUAAUUGAAAGAAGGAAGGACACGAUUAGGUAUUCAAGGCCAGGCAAUGCAAGAACCCUUUUUAGAUAAAUGUCUAUUUACAGCAACUCACGGCGAGACCAACUAAUUCGGCAUUAACCAAAGUGAAAUAGUUUGUUCCCGAUUCUCCAUAGCUGCUUCCAUUACAAAAACAAAAAACAAAACAAGGCAAAUAACAUUUUGUGAAUAAAAACAAAACAACGGUUUUCGUCCUUAUUGGAAACGAUUAUUAGUUAGACACAAUUACGAUAUAAGCCAAGGAUUAGUUAGCGCUUUUUUGAUAGGUUGGAUUUUUUUAGGGAACAUACACACAAAACAUACACAACGUUCACAGUAGAUCAAACAAUAAUAUUAAUAGAGAUUAUAAUUCAGAAUCCAGUAGUUACUUUGUCGUAUUUAUAUAUAUACAUAUAUAUAUAUAAAAGAAACAAAGAUAUGAUCUUUAAAAUGCUGAUUUCCUGAUUUUUUGGGUCAGUGUUCAAAAUACCGAGAUUGAGUGAGGAUUGUAAACAGUUUUUGAAGCUUCAUUUUUUUUGGGUUUUUUAGAAUACGUAACAAAUAUAUAAAUAUAUUUUAUAUAUUUUAAAUAGAGAUUUCCAAUUUCAAUGCGGCGCAACAAAAUGAAUUAGAUAAUAAAAUUGUAUGCAUUAUGAUUAUUAAUAUUAUUAUAUAUAUAUGAUAUACACAAGAGACAGCCAUUUUAUGUUGUAAAAAGUCAUCGAGACAUGAAAACCAAAAACAAAAAAGAACACUAAA